UUUCUUACGGUUUUCUAUUAGUUGAUUGAUUGCCUAACAACAAGCGAGCAAGCAACCUCAAUAAAACAAAUCAAUUUGGAUGAUGAAACUUUUCUAUUUUUUUAAUUGAAAAUCCUCCCCUAAAAAUAAGUUUGUGUAUCAUUACGUGCCUUUGUGUUCUAAAUUUUGAAAUCGUCAACGACAGCAAAAAAUAAUUGUUUGAUUGGAAUUUUUCAAUCAUCAACCGAGUAUCAGAUUGAUUUAUUUUACUGGAAAAUUUAUUUUCUGAAAUUCGACAACGUAAUCCGAUCCGAUCCAUUUAUCGCUUGCAUCCAUCCAGAAAUCAGAACAGAAAAAAUGGCCAUAGAAGAUACCUUUGGUUAUCGUUUCGUGCGAAUGUCAUUAGUAUUAUUGAAUUGUUUAGUAUUGAUCAAAUUGAUAACGUUAUUAUUACAAUUUUCACAUGUAUUCGAACCGACAUUUGUGCUGUUUAUUUUGUUGAUCGGAUCAAAUUUCAUGGCAGCAAUUGUUGGCGCUAUUCGCGAACAUCGAAUUCUUGUUCUUGUUACUGGAAGCCUAACAUUGAUAAUGUUCCUAUCAUUAUUAUUUACAAAUAAAGAAAAUAAAAAUCUUAAUGUAUCAUUAUUCACCCUGUUGGCCAUUGCUGCACAAUCAUUAAUAUUUUCCGAAAUGUUAAAAGAACGACAAAUAUUUGUUCAAAGACAAAAUCUUGAUUUAUGGAGUGCAGCAUCGAAUUCGGUCAAUUCACAACAACGGCGACAUUCAUCUGGAACAACCAAUGGCAAUGGUGGCCCAUUAACAGCUGUUGUCGUAUAUCAACCAUCGGGCGCUAAUCGCAGCCAUCAUCAAACAGGUGGAAUAUUUAUGGUCGAUCCAAUAUUGGCAGCAGAAUUACCAAAAGAUCCACCGCCAUCAUAUUUUGCUGCAAGUUGUCCACCACCACCUAAAUAUGAGGAUGCUAUUAAAUUGAAUUCAAAUAUUGUUCAGCAACCACCACCAUCAUCAAUAGAUCAAUCGAGCGACAACAAUAAUAAUGCUGCGAUACUUCCUACAAGUUCAUCGGCUACAACAUCCUUAUCAUUAUCUGCUGCCGAAAGUCCAGAUGAUAAUAAUAAUGAUUUAAAUUCAACGAACAAAACUAAUACAAAUCAUAAUACAAAUCAUAAUACAAAUAAUAAUGGUAAUAAUAAUCAUAUCAGCAGAACAACCGAAACAAUAUCAGCAGCUGUAGCUGCUGCGGCUGCCAUAGCUCAACAACAAAAUGAUAAUAAUCCUGAACAACAACAACAAAAAGAAAACUGAACUUUGUAUUGAUCAUCACCACCACCACAAUUGACCCCUUUCAAUAUUAUUCUCAUUCAGAAUUUGCUUAAUGGUU